CGAAAAGGACGAAGAGGCGAGGGAGGGGGCAACACCGCACCGGGACCAAAACCUAGACGAACCACACGCAGAGGAGAGAGAGAGGGGGAUAGAUAGCCCGAGGAGGAGAGAGAAGGUGGGCGAGCCCACCCCACCAAACCCUAGCCCUCGCCUCGCCGUCCAUGGAGGCGGCGCCGUGAGCCGCCGCCGUGGCGUGCGGGAACGACCGGGCGGAGGGGAUGACCGCCAGAUCGGACGACCCCGGCGUCUCGCCGGCGGCGGCUGCGGCGGCGGGCGGUGAGAUCUGGGGGACGGCGGAGGACCUUCUCCUGGCGUGCGCCGUGAGCCGCCACGGCACGGCGAGCUGGGACGAGGUGGCGAAGGAGGUGCGGUCGAGGUGCCCGUCCGCCGCGGGGUUCACCCCCGCCAGCUGCCGCCUCCGGUUCCGCGUCCUCCACCGCCGCUUCUCCGGCGCCGCCGCCGCCGAGAACGUGGACGGCGGCGGGGGCGAGGAGGAGGUGGAGGAGCCCGAUGCCGACGCCGUCGCCAGCUGGGUGGAGGAGCUCCGCAAGCUGCGGGUCGCCGAGCUCCGCCGCGAGGUCGAGAAAUACGAUCUCUCGAUCGGGUCGUUGCAGUCAAAACUGAAACGGCUCACGGAGGAGAAGGAGAGGAGCCCCUCCGGCGAGGCCGAGCCGGCGGUGAAGGAGGAGACGGAGGACGAUGUACGGAAGGGAUCGCCGGAGGAGGAGGAGGCCGGCGGCGUGGAGGACAGGGUCUCCGGCCACGAGUCCGGCCGGUCGUGCAAGGAGUCCAACUCGUCAGAUCUGAAGCGGCCGGAGGACGAGCCCGCCGCCGCCAACGACGACCCAGCAGAGCGGGAGGAGGCCGCGGCGGGUGAGGUAGCCGUGAAAGAGGAGGCGUCCGGCGAGUCGGUGGCGGGGUCGAAGGAGGCGGAGGCGGAGAAGGAGAGCAGCGACGUGCAGAGCUCCGCCAGCCCGUCCCGUCGCCGGCAGCGGAAGGGCGGCGGCGAAGAGGCGGAGGCGGCGUCGCCGUCGGUGUCCGUGCCCCUCCCCGCCGCGGAGGCCGAGCCGCUCGUCGCCUUCCUCGAGUCGGUCCGGACCAGCAAGGCGGGCGCCGUGUUCGAGCGACGGCUCGACAGCCAGGAGGGCGAGAGGUACAGUGGCACGAUCAGGCGCCACGUGGACCUGGAGAUGGUUCGUGCGAGGCUGGUGGGUGGGGCGGCGGCAGCGGCGGCCACGUGCUACGCCUCGGCGUCCGAGCUCUACCGCGACCUGCUGCUGCUCUGCGCCAACGCGCUCGUCUUCUUCCCGCGCGGCUCGCCGGAGCACGACGCCGCGCUCCAGGUCCGCGCGCUCGUCUCCAAGCACAUCUCCAAGGACCGUCCUCCCGCAGGGAAGGUGCCCGCGGCGGCGGUGGAGGCGGAGGCGGUGGCUUCGAAGAAGCCCAAGGCUGACGCUGACAUUGCCGGGUCGCUACUCGAGAAGGCGCCUAUCAUCGUAUGCCGGAAGCGGAGCUCCAUCGCGAAGGCCGCGGCGGCGACUGCUGCCAAGGGGGAGAAAGCGGAGACGGACAAGGAGAAGGACGGCGAGGACAAGAAGAAGGCGGCGGUGGCGGCCACGGUCACUAGCAAGGACAGGAAGGCUCGCGGGAUGAGGACGAACAAGAGCCGGGGACCCGCCAGGAAUCAGAAGACGAAGGUCUCGGAGAGCGGCGAGGGGACGAAGAAGUCCGACAAGAAAGGCGGCGGCGGCGGGAGCUCGGCAGCGGCGGCUGCGGCAGGCGGGGUCGCCAAGAAGCGAAACGCCGUGGACUUCCUGAACCGGAUGAACCAGAACGGAUCGCCGUCGACGGAGAGGGUGUCGUUGCUGGAGACGCUGAAGCUCUCCGCGGCGACGGAGCAGCAGAAGAAGUCGUCGUCGUCCUCCGGGAAGGGCGACGGCCGGAAGGACGCCGGCGGCUCCGGCUCCAAGAAGGCCGCCGCUGCCUCGACGCCUCCGGGGAGGAGGAACGUCGGCCGGCCACCGAAACGGGCGGCCGCGCCGCCGACGCCGCCGCCGUCCAAGAGGGCCAAGGACGACAAGCCGGCGACCAGGAAGCGCGGGAAGAAGUAGGUGACGGGACGGCGGAAUGGGAGGCGGCGGGAAGCUGUGCGUGUAAAUGUUCGUAGGGGUGGCGGGCGGUAGUAGCCUUGGUUUUUUGCGUUUUGGCGCCAUUAUUGUAGCGAGAAGAGGUGGGAGAAUUUUUUUUCUGCUGGGAGAUGAAGGAUGGAACAUCUGGUUCACCUGUACGUCUCACCUCGAUACCUCAUGAAACGAUCAGGAACUUGGGUGAAAGAAUCGUGUUCGCCUCAAGACUAACUUGGGUGAAAGAAUCGUGUUCGCCUCAAGACUGUUUUUUUUGUAGGGUAUGACUCCUAUGUUUUCACUGAAUUUUCUGUAACCCUCUACACUGAAUCAGGAGAAUCAGGAGCAAGAAGAUGGUCUGUGUGCCCCAUCGUCAUCAUCCAUGUUCGAUGAAACAUAACAUAAACAUAUA